AGAGUGAGUCGCGUCCCGGAAGCGAAGGCGGUGGAGGGGCAGGCGGCUCUCUGGUGGACCUGCGACUUUGGAGCGUCGUUGGGAGGUGGCGCGGCGUGGCGUGGGGUGGGGCGGGCCUGAGGGACCGCUCCGGGGCUUGGUGGCCCUUCUGUCCCCUUGGCCGUCCCUGCCCUGCCCUUUCCUGAGACAGCGUAGGAAUGCAGACUUCGGAUCGGGACCUGAGUGGGCCAGAGGCGAGCCCCAGCGGAAUGCCUGAGGUUCUCUCGGAGAGUUCACCUGCCCCUGCCAAGUCAACAGCGUUUGAUCUCUUCAACCUGGUUCUGUCCUACAAGAGGCUGGAGAUCUACCUGGGACCCCUGAAGGAUGCGGGUGACGGUGUUCGGUACUUGCUAAGGUGGCAGAUGCCUUUGUGUUCCCUGCUGACUUGCCUGGGCCUCAACGUCUUGUUCCUCACUUUGAAUGAGGGUGCAUGGUACUCCAUGGGUGCCUUGAUGAUUUCGGUGCCUGCCCUACUGGGCUACCUUCAGGAGGUGUGCCGGGCACAGCUGCCGGAGUCUGAGCUGAUGCGGAAGAAGUACCACAGCAUAAGGCAGGAAGACCUGCAGAAAGUUCGCCUGUCCCGCCCUGAGGCUGUUGCUGAGGUGAAGAGCUUCUUGAUCCAACUGGAAGCCUUAUUGGCCCGCCUGUGCUAUACGUGCGAGUCAGCCUACCGCGUACUUCACUGGGAGAACCCCGUGGUGUCCUCACAGUUCUAUGGCGCUCUUCUGGGCAUGGUCUGCAUGCUCUACCUGCUGCCGCUCUGCUGGGUCCUCGCCCUGUUAAACAGCACGCUCUUUCUGGGCAAUGGGGACUUCUUCCGAGUGGUGUGUGAGUACAGAGCUUGUCUGCAGCGGCGGAUGAGCCCCGAGCAGGAAGAGUGUGCCCGGGAGAGCCCAGCCCUGCAGGUCGCCGGGGGGAGGGGUCUGCUGGACAGCACACCCGCCCCCACACCCACAGAGGACCUCACGCCAGGCAGUGUGGAGGAGGCUGAGGAGGCUGAGCCAGAUGAGGAGUUCAAAGACGCAAUUGAGGAGGAUGACGAGGGCACCCCGUGCCCAGCAGAGGAUGAGCUGACCCUGCAGGACAACGGGUUCCUCAGCAAGAAUGAGGUGCUGCGCAGCAAGGUGUCACGGCUUACGGAGCGGCUCCGCAAGCGUUACCCAGCCAAUAACUUCGGGAGCUGUGCAGGCUGUGCUGCCACCUUCUCCGUGCUGAAGAAGAGGCGGAGCUGCAGCAACUGUGGGAACAGCUUCUGCUCUCGGUGCUGCUCCUUCAAGGUGCCCAAGUCCUCCAUGGGAGCCACAGCUCCUGAAGCCCAGAGAGAGACUGUGUUUGUGUGUGCCUCCUGUAAUCAGACCCUGAGCAAAUGAGAAGAGGAGGCAGGCUCCCACGUCCUGGGGCCAGCAGCAGACCUACUGACCCACCUCUGGUCCUCUGAGGCCUGUGCUGGGCAAUGGAGCCUGACAGCUAGGCCCUUCCUGCCCUUCCUCUGCUGCCUCCAGCUGGGCUGGUGAUGCUGUAAGGCCCGGGGGAGAGGUGCCCCUGCGCUCCAGGCUGUUGGUUCUGCUCUAUCCUAUACCCUGUUAACUCAGGGCUAGCUAGGGAGUGUCCACCAGAGGGCAGAAUUGAGCACAGACUGCUCUCAUCUGGACUCUGGUGGUCAAGGCCAGGCUGGCUAGGCCUUAGGAUCCAAGAGACCUGAGGUUGGGAAAAGAGGUUCUUCCUUGCUGAGAGCCUGCAAGGCGACUUAGAGCACCAUGGCCUGACUUUGCCCUUCCAAUAGCCUCAGGAUAUAUUGGCUUUUAGAGAUAGGCUUGGAGUUCCCAGGUGCCCCGAGGAGAGGGGACGUGAGGUGCUGGUCAAGCCCUUCAGUGUCCAGCGCAUGGCGGGGUGGGCAAUCUCUGCCCACAGAGUUUUGGCUCCCACGGUUCUCUGGUGUCCUCAGCCCUGCUGGGGUGGCUACAGGACCCUCCAUCACUCCUACGUCCUGCUCUGAGUCUAGGGCACCCCGUUUUUCUCCCACUGCCACAUCUCUAGCCCCUGUCUCGUGGACUGUGCGGCCAGGUGAGUGGAGCAGAGACUGAAGCCUUUGAGGUCUGGGGAAGUCUAGGACCGCCUGGAUUUCAGGGCUGUUCCUUGAGAAGAGUUUACAUUGUAGGAUGGGGUCACAUGGCCCGUUUUAUGUUCCCUCUGAUCUGCCAAGGGGUGUUGCACCUCCAUUUCAGCCAUGAGCUGGCUCAGGCCCCUCCCCUGGAGCGUUUUCAGAGUAUUUAUUUAUUUAUUUCAUGGUUCCUGGGAGCAUGCAGCACAGGGUGGGAUGAAGAAGAUGAGGGGCAUCUGCCUGAGACCCCGUAGUCACCGACUGCCCUUGGAGCUGACCUUCAGGACCUGUUUCUACUAUCCAAUCAUGGACUUGGUGCCCACCCCUGAGCCACGCGAGUGACUCCCAUCUAUCCUCUUUGCUGAUAUGUCACACACAGAGCAGUAGAGCAGUGGGGGCUUGGCAGUGGGGACCAAGCAGGUGAGGUGUACCCCUUUGUCGUGGUGAGAGAGGGUCACCUCUGCGUAUUUAUACUGUAGAGCAGUAGAAAGGAACUCUGGAGAAUUGUCAAUAAAAGGCCCCAUGCUUACGGCUUUGUCGGGUCCUAGUGCUGGCCGGGUCUUUCACGCUGCCCGGGGUGGGCCGUGGGUGGGUGGGUCUUUACACACCUGUAGCAGUGCAGGAACCAGCCAGGCCUGUUGGAGAGCUGUGCCUUAGCAGCAGGAGGGGUGGGCGUUGUCCUGUGACCAGACCCAGGGCCUGGGAUUGAGGUUGGGACCAGAACUUAACUGUAAAGAAUGCAGGCUUCAGAAUGGAAAGGUUUUAGCUAAUCCUCUGGGAAAGACAGGCCAGCACUGCAGGAGGCUGAGAGCUGGAGAAAAGGUUCAUGGAGGGGUGAGGUGAUCCAGGUUAGGCUGGAGCUGGGCACUGCACUUAGGUCAGUGCUGUCACCAAGCCCAUAAGGUAGGCUUUGUUUUCCACACGGUAAGGCUGGUAGUACACAGCAGCAGCGCUGAGCCAGCUCUGAGCUCAGCCCCACCUACCAUGGACCUAUGUGCUAUCAUCCUACAGCCUUUAGAAAGAAUGCACAUCUCUGUUCUCUAGCAAAAGUCUCCUUCUCCUCCUCUCUCUUCCUCUUCCUCCUCUUCCAUCUCCUCCUCUGUCAGAAUUUUAACUUUUUUUUUUUUAAAGAAGGUAUCAGAGUUCAGAAUAUAGCUUGAAACAGUUGAUGCCAUCUUAUUGAGAGGUGACUCACUGCUCAGGAAGGCUGUAGGGUGUAGUCACAGGUGGGAGAAAGGGGGCUUCCCGUUUUUGUUUCCUGGAGGUCCCUGUGAGAACAGGUGGGGAGGCUGUCUUCAAAUGCAGGGUCCUCUUAGCGGAGCUACCGGGGUUCAGCAGGACUGGUGGUGGUGUCACUGUGGAGCCUGUGGUUCAGCUCAAUGUGGGAUGACAGCUUGCAUGUUGUGGAAUUGGAUGUCUGUGUUAAAAUACACCUGCCAAUUUGAUGGGCACCCAGAACAGAUUCUGUUAGAACCCGGCCAGGUUCUGUUAGAGUCCUGGCACAGGGCAGGGCAGGUCUGGAAUUCUGGCAUCUAGCCUGACUUGGGCUCAGGUCUGUUGAGGCUUUUGUGGUCUGGUGUGUCAAUGUCUUCAGAAAGUCUUGUCAGACCUGGAACAGGCAAUGAUUUCGGGGUGUUUUCUGUAGCCCUUGUGGCUAAAGCCAAAUGAAUCUCCUUUGUCAGAGGUCUAUGUCUGUCUUCCCACAGCUGGUCCUGUUCACAGAUGAUUUUGCCAAGGAACAUGCCUAGCCAGUAGCCCAUCUCCCACAGUGCUACAGUUCAUGUAACUCAUGGAUAUUUUAAGUGGGUAAAUAGAGGCACAGGGGGGUUAAGUGACCCACCCAAAGUGGAGUAGGAAUUGUGUCUCAGGUGUUUACAGCAGCCAUGGCCUAAGAAGCUUUGGGUAGAGGUCACAGUCUGGUCCCCACUCUCCAAGGAGCUAGCCACUGAGCUAACAAGACUAGUCUGCCCCAUGCCCCACAUCGCCAGCACCACCCCC